AUGACGCUGCCACGAGUCUUGCGAAUCGCCCGAUCCGAUUUGCAAGAUGCCUUUGUCCUCAUACAUGUCGUCAAGAACGGGCCCGACACGCUCGACUUGGCUCUCACUGCUACGGAAGGAGAGUGCCCCUACGUAACCUCGGUCAGAAAAUCUUGCAUCAGAGACCUUCGUGUAAAGAACUACCAAGGGUCAGAGGAAGAGUGGAUUCGGAUUAUUUCCCACGUCCUUGGCCAACCCAUCGAUUCUGACGAGCUGACCUCGGUCGUGAUUGAAACAUCCGCCAGCAUCUCUGGCUCUGGUGAUGAGAGGGAAAUGAUCAUCACUAUCCGAAACAGAGUCCAGUCUAUCACGCAACGACUUGGUACUCUCGUUCUGAAAAAGGAUGAAGAACAGGCCAUUGAACUUUUUGAAUGGUCAGCGGUGGCUGUAUCCAGAGCAGAUGAGCUGGAGCAACAAGUCACCACAUUGUCUGGCCACUACCGUGUUGCCGAAGAUACAAUUAAAAAACUGAACGAGCAACUAGAGGAACUCCUACGAGCUAAGAAUCAUCAUGAAACCCAACUGGUGGCAAACUUUGCUCAGCUGUUGAAUGAGAAAAAGCUGAAAGUUCGCAAUCAGCAGCGACUACUUGCAUCUGCCACGGUGGAUCUAGCGAAAGUUUCCGAAAUUCAAGCCGCCGCCGGGAACCUCGCCCACGCCACUGAAAUUCACCAUGCGGGAAAACGCCCUGCGCUUGAGAUGGAACAGACGGACGAAGAGUCAGACCAGGGCUUUGAACAAAUGGAAGUUGAUGAAACCAGAGUUGGUGACGGCUCUCAGCUGGAAGAGGACACCGAUCAAGCUACAGAAGAGGACAGCGACCAUGAAGAACGAUUAUCGCCGCAGCUGCAUUUGAUGAAACCGAUGGCACAGAUCGAAGCAUUGACACAGCAAAACAGUGCGAGGACAGCGCCUCCCCUCAGAGAGCUUCCCUUUGUCAGAAGAGAACAGCCAAAGGAAGAUGCGGAGGAGACAGCUGGGGCAACAGACGACGACGAGCUAUGA